UGAAGGUGUGCUGUUACUGGCCUCAGAAAUUAACUAGGGCCAUUUGUUUCAAGUGAAUAUUAUAAAAUACUUUUGUUUCAAUAAUAAUACAAGAAUAAAAUACUUAGAUGUGGAAGAAAACUAAAGCUUUAUUGCACAUGUGAUUACUGGAAUAAUAUGACAUCAUAUAAAAUAAAGAAAAAUGCUUUUGCGCUUUUACGUCAUUUUAUGUCUCAUUGUCCUGCUGGCCUUCGAAACAAAUGCGAAACAACAGCAGGGUAAAAACUCUCUUUGGAAAAACACGCCCAGGAGUUUUACGAUCGACUAUGAAAACGACGUUUUCUUAAAAGAUGGCUUUCCUUUUCGUUACGUCUCCGGAUCCAUUCACUACUUCCGUGUUCACCCCAGCGACUGGGCUGAUCGGCUCAGGAAAAUGAAAUAUGCUGGUCUGAACGUCGUGCAAGUGUACGUGGAAUGGGCGAGCCACGAGCCCGAGCCUGGUCAGUUCGACUUCACCGGAGCGUUGGACCUGCCCGAGUUUUUGGCCGAGGCCCAGAGACAGGAUCUGCUCGUGAACCUCCGUGCUGGGCCAUACAUGUGUGCUGAGAGAGACAUGGGGGGCCUGCCGUACUGGUUGAUGCGCCUACACCCCAAUGUGCGUCUGCGCACCUCGGAUCCGAACUACAUGACCAGGGUGAUGUCAUGGCUGCUGCUGGGCCUCUUCCCGCGUAUCAAGCCUCUUCUGUACCACAACGGGGGACCUGUCAUCAUGGUCCAGGUCGAGAACGAGUACGGCAAUUACUACGCGUGCGAUUACUCUUAUACCUGCGAACUACGAAGAAUUUUCCGAGCUGGACUUGGUCCCGAAAUUUUGCUUUUCACCACCGACAACGGGACGCCCUCUUCCCUGCGGUGUGGCAAGAGUCCACUUGUGUACGCCACCGUAGACUUUGGUGUUGCCGCAAACGCAGUUUCGGAGUUCGGGUCGCAGCGACUGUUCGAGCCCGAAGGUCCGCUCGUCAACUCUGAGUUCUACAGCGGCUGGCUUGACCAUUGGGGGCGCCCAAGGCAACGCGUCAACACUUCCGACUUUGUCAAGGCGCUGGACAGCAUCUUGGCCUUGAAGGCAUCAGUGAAUAUCUACAUGUUCCACGGUGGCACAAACUUCGGCUUUACAGCAGGCGCCGACACCAACGGUGGCCACUACAGCUCGUGCCUCACGACCUAUGACUACGACGCGCCGCUCUCAGAAGCGGGAGACAUGACAAACAAAUACGAGGCGGUCCGGCGCGUGAUUGGCAAGUACCUGCCUCUACCGGGCGGGCCUACGCCCAGCAACAGCAGCAAGGCUUGGUACGGUCCCGUACUGCUCGAGCACACGGGUCUCCACAGCGACCUCCACUCAGCAGGCCUCCUAGAAAGCAUCGUGGCGCCCUUCCCACUCACCUUCGAGGAGCUCUCGGUCUUCUCGGGCAUCGUCAUUUAUAGCACCGUUGUCAAUUUCACUACCCCUGACCCGAGCAUUCUGAAUCUCGGAGCAGUCCACGACCGAGGCUACGUGGUCAUCAAUGGAGCUCGUCAAGCGGUCGUCUCGCGUAGCCUGUCGUCGUCGUCGCUGGCCGUGCGAGUUCGUCAAGGCGAUACAAUCCUCGUCAUUGUCGAGAGUCUGGGCAGAAUCAAUGUUGGGGCUGGAAUAAACGACUUCAAGGGCUUGACUUCCAACGUCACACUAAACUCAAAGCUGCUCUGCGGUUGGACAAUGACUCCUCUCCCUCUCACUGACUACGAGAGAUUGACUUCAGCUCUAGCCAAGCUCAAGAUGCAUACUGUGAUGAAGGCAAAGACAAGAAGGAGCGAGUCCAUUGCUGCACGGUCAGAUGUAGCUGUAGGAUUUUUUGAAGGAACCCUUUACGUUCCUGAGGACGUGUGGGAACCCAGGGACACAUUCUUACGUUUUGAUGGCUGGACUAAGGGCAUUGCCUGGGUGAACGGCUUCUGCUUGGGCCGGUACUGGCCGGUGAUGGGCCCCCAAAACACGCUGUAUGUGCCUCACGGGGUGCUCAAGAGAGGGCCCAACACGGUACUACUCCUAGAGCUGGAGGACGCCAGGCGCUGCAGGAGGACGCCGCCCCGCAGGCACAGCCACAAUUCCAACCAUCGUGCCGACUUUGGUCGGUCAACAAGUUCUUGGUACGGCAAUGGUAGAGAGGAUUUUUUCUUGGGCGACUGCUCCGUAGAGUUUGUUGACACGCCUGACAUCGACUCGCCAGUUCCUCAGUAACUUGAUAAUAAUAUUGUCGAACGUCAAAAUUCAGUCACUUGCUUUGUUACAGUUUCAUUUUGUAAAAUAUUUGUUUUCCUCCGUCACGCAUAUACAGAUCGGAAAAUUCAUCACCACGUGAAGCAUUGCGGAAUCAAUGAUACAGCUAAAUUUUUACCACUUGCCAAUUUCUGGAUGAAUUUUACCCGUUUAUUUUCGAAAUUUCCUAUUUAUUACUAUCAAUCAUGAAAUUUUAACCUGUGUUUUAAACUAUUAUAAAGUGCAUCGCGAUUGAUGAGCAGAUUAGUAUAUAAUUUGUUUACACAAAUUUUAAAAGCCAGGUUUCAUCCACGACAGUGUUAGAUCACUUCGACAUUCUUGACGAAUGACAAUCCAAUCCGCGCUCAUUUUUAUUUCGUUUUGGUAUUGCAAUGGAAAAUUAAUUAGAAACCAUGUACCUUCAUUAA